AUGCUACGAGAAGUGUAUUCCAAAAAUACAGUAUGGGAUACAGUUUAUGGACCAGAUCGCCAAUUCUUCGAGCAAUUUUAUUUACCUCAAGCCAACAAAAAUGAGGUUCUUGCAAGGCAGCUGGAAAUUAUUAUUCGAAAAAUUUUCCCGCACAUCACAACGUUAACUAUUUCCGCGGCAACCUUCUGCGCAGUUUUGCAUCACAUCGAAAUGCAUGAGCCAAUUUUGCUACUGCCGAAACUUCGUUCGUUGCACAUACUGCUAGGCGAUGGUUUUGGUGUACUGACCACCGAUCAUUUAUUCAGCGAUUUCACAUUAGCAAAGUAA